AUGUCAGAUUCAUACACAACCAAGGUCCAGGACCUCCUCGCCGUUCUCGGCCGUGUGACCUUGCUGGACGAGACCCAGGUUGUUUUGUCGCUACAGGCGGCCUUUCUCACAACACCCUCAAUGUCAACUCUCGAGACCUACUUCCAGGCGCCUCCGGCAUCGGGGUCUUGUAUAAUCGAUGGUGUGGACCUGACAGGCACCAUCGAAUUGUUGGGAAAUGCGGCUAUCGCUGCACAGAUCGCCGACUGCUCGUUGGAAUACGGUUUCAGCUCCAUUGCCAAUCGCGACGUGGCAGUACAGCUCCCGGGUGAAUGGUUCAACACCAUCAUGCCGUGCGUUUUCGGUGACCAUAUCAACCGUCAACUCCACGCAGAUGGCCUGCUUCCACUACAGGUGCUGAGACAGGAUAGCACCUUUGUGACAUCCUUUGAGAACGUUCUCGUCAGUCCGCAGUUCGACCCGUUCCGUGGCCAAGGUGACUACUACUACGCAAUGAUGUGCUUGUUCGUCUACGUCUAUCUGAUCAAAGGUCCUGGCUUCGCACUGGACACCAAAUUGGAGAGGUCUCCAGCCCUUACCAUUAUUCGAGCCUGGCAGAGCAACCUGACUCCACCAACUGCUCCGAACCUUAGUUACCUUAGUGCACUACAGGCUGAAGUUAUUUUCAACUCGUAUACGCCUAGUGCUAUCUAUGGGCCCACUGGCAAUGCCGAUGCAACGCUACUGGACUUCGCACAAGCUGUACAAAACGAGGGUUUGAUGACACUCCCCACGGCAGACGCUUCAGCGGAACCUGAACCAGUGCCGACCAGCAUUACUGACGGCUCGAUUUUCGCCGGCGUAGACGUUUCCCAGUACAGCUCGGUUAGCUACAGGCUCUGGAAGCACUGGAUGAACACACUCGACGACCAAAGCUCGGGCAAUUUCUGGCGUGCUGGCAUCAUGGCAGCCGCAGCUCAGACCUUGGACAGCACCAAGACUUUUACGGUUCCUGGAUCUAUAGGGUCGAAUAUGACCAUAAUCCAUUUUGCCACACAUGGCAAGGACCUUGCAGAUUGGUACAAGAACCAUCAGGAUGAGCCCUACAUGAAUGGCGACAUCAAUCUGAACAACACGACGGAAACAACAGAGUCUGGGAAUCAAUCUAUGGGUUGCUUCAUCGCCGGCACAAAGGUUGAAACAUCAAACGGAUCGAAGGCGAUUGAGAACUUGACCGAGGGCGACCAGGUCUUAACCCGCGCCGACGGGGCAAAGCAAUGGGGCACCCGCAGCGACGAGGUUGUCGAGAACCCGUCCCCUGACAUAUUGUACGGAUUCAACGGAGAAGCACCUUUCUUCACAGCUGGCCACCCGUUCUACACCACAACCGGCCUUCGUUCUAUCGAUCCCCACACUGCCCGUAAGGAGAAUCCCUGGCUGGAAGUUGGCCAGCUCAAGUCUGGACAUGUGCUACUUCGCUUGAACGCUGAGAAGAAGUACGAGCGGGAGGUCAUCAAUUCUAUCAAUGUCUCUCGAAGCGAUGUUACCAGUGUGUACGGAGUGCACCUUCGGGAAGGGCUCCGGAGCUACCAUGCCAAUGGGUACCUAGUUGCCAUCAACUAUCCCGAGAUUACGGCCGUGUCAAUUACUCGGCAGCUGCAGACCUUUCCUCCCGCCGAAAGAGCCGCAAUGAUUCAGAGCCUUGGUGUUCUGAAACCUUUGUUUGAGCGCUUUGGCGCUGGAACAGUCAUGGACAAGUUGAUAAAGGAAGCUAGCUCUGCUUGA